AUGUCUUCAACAUCUGCCUCCACGUCAAAACCCCAGGAGACAUCCUCAAAGCCUUCUGAGUCAAAGGAUGAGAAUGCACCACCCACUCUUGGUCUGCUAGAGGAGGAUGACGAAUUCGAGGAGUUCGCAGUAGCAGACUGGGACGACUCUGAGACAAAUCUAGCGCACCUUGGCGGUGCCGCACCAGGAGCGGCAAAGUCGGGCGGGGAUAAACUAUGGGAGGACAAUUGGGAUGACGAUGACAUUGAGGACGAUUUCAGCGUGCAACUGCGAAAUGAGCUAGCCAAGAAGAGCAAAAGCAGUGGUGGCCCAGAGCCCAUGCAGCACUAG